CAAGUUCUAAAAAUUAAGCGAUAUUAAAUUUUUGUUAUGUUCAAAAAGAAAGAAAAGAUGGACAAAGACAUCCUCGAUAUCAUGGCGUCAGAUUCAGAUAUAGAUCUUGAAGGUAUCGAUGAAUUAUUAGAGGCCUGUGAUAGGAAGGAGGAGGAAAAGCGAAAGACAGCUAAAAAACCAAUCAAGAGAUCAUCAGUUUUUCAGCAAAUAUGCGAAAUUAAGCACAAGAUCAAUACUAUCCCGGAUGACGAAGAGACUUUGAAAUUAGGAGAUAAUUCUCUGCUAAAAAGCACUCCAAAAAAGAGUGAGAGAAGUAGUAAAACUGACCUAAACACACAAGAAUUACAAGAUAUGCUUUCAGAUAAGGACCUCAGUUAUGAAGAAGUUGAAGGACUUCUUAGUAACAAUUCUGAUGAAGAUUCCAGUAUAAAAGUUGAUCUUCUAUCUCCUUCUAAAAAGAAGCCAAAAAGAGACUUAGAAAGCCCUUGUAAUUCAUACGACUCGAUGAGGCUUUCUAAUCUCAAAAUGAAAGAGAGCAUUAAAUAAGCUGUGAAAGAAUGAAAAGGAGGUCAGACUUGUCAAUGAGAUUGAAGAGACUGCCAAUUUCGACAAAUUAGAGCCCAAGUCUGACUCAAAAUCGAUGCUCGGCAUUUAUAGAAAAGAGUCUGCAAAUAAAAAUCAGCAUCCAAGCCCAUCUAAAGAAGGGAAAGAGAAGAAGCAAUUUAUGAGAUAUUUUUCAAGCAAUAAGAAAGACAAUAAACAGUCACAGUAUAUGGAUUAUGAAGUUGGUACCCAAAAAGAUGAUAUCAAGAUAGGAGAGGAAAUCAAUCCAUUUCUUAUGGAUGAUAUCAGCGAAGGUGACCUAGAGGACCUUUCACUUAUAAGUGAGGUAGAUAUAGAUGAGGAAGAUGAAUCAACAACCAAAAUAGCUUCUCUAAAUGAGGUUCUCAAGACAUACAUCCAAUUCAUGGGUAGCGAUCAAGGAGGUCAGGGAAGCUUUAAACUCUUUGACUGGCAAAAUGAAUGCCUACGACUUAAAGAUGUGAUGUACAAUGGAGCUUCAUUCAUUUACUCAGCUCCUACAAGUGCUGGAAAAUCCCUUGUGAGUGAAAUUAUCAUGCUCAAUAAUGCUCUCAAAUACAGAGAAAAAUUGGUCAUAGUCAUAUAUCCUUUCAUCAGUUUGAUCAAUGAAAAAGAGAAGAAGUACUCCAAAUUAUUCAAGCAUUACGGACUAGAUGCUAUCAGUGUGCAUUCUGGCAAAUUUGGACGAUAUGAACAAGGAGAGACAAACAUAAUGAUGUGAACUAUAGAGAAGGCUAACGGAUUUCUGAACAAAAUUACUGCAGAAUUUGGAUUAGAAGAGCUCUCUAAAAGAAUAAGUACAGUAAUCAUCGAUGAAUUUCAUACAAUUGGAGAUCAUUACAGAGGAUUUUUCAUUGAAUCAAUGAUCACAAAACUGUUAUACUCUAAAAAUUUCCAUAAAUUCAACCCAAUACAGAUCAUUGGAAUGAGUGCUACUCUUCCAAACCUUGACGAGGUGUGAAACUGGAUGGAUGCAACACUUUACAUGACCGACUUUAGACCUGUAGAAGUCAAGGAAUACAUUCUGUGCAUCGGAAAAGUGUACUCUACACAUGAUUUUAUCAACAGGAAGUAUGACAGCCCACUAGAGAUGGGAAGCAAAGAGGGUUUCCUGAAAAACAAUAAGUAUGAUAAGUACAAAAUGCUCCCAUUGAUACUUGAAACAGUCAUGAAUAAAAUCGAUGAUUCUCCAGAAAGUGCACGAACAGGAUCAGUUUUAAUAUUCUGCUCAAGUAAGAUGGAGUGUCAAAUCAUCUGUAAAAAUCUGUGCCAUACCUGAGACAGCAAUGGAGUCCGGAUAAAUUCUGACAUAAUCCAAGAGAUUAUCGAAAAGGAGAAAAGUGGCGAAUAUGAUAGCUUGUCUAAACUUAGUAGGUUUAGCAAGAGAUCAGAUCUACCUCCAGGAAAUUACAAACUCACUGAGCAUAUUGAGUAUGGGAUCAAAAAUAUGGCACUCAAGAAUAUGAUCAAGAAAGGAUUUGCCUACCAUCAUUCAGGAUUGAAGAACUCUGAAAGGCUGGUAAUUGAGAGAGCCUUCAGAGAGGGUCUGAUAAAAGCCUUAUUUUGCACCUCUACUCUUGCUGCAGGAGUCAAUUUACCAGCAAAAAGAGUAAUCAUUACCUCGAUAAAACAAGGAAAGGAUAUCAUGUCUGAUACUACUUAUAAGCAAAUGGCUGGAAGAGCAGGCAGGUAUGGAUUAGAUACUUCAGGAGAGUCAUUCCUCAUUUGCACAGCAAACGAAAAGGAGCAAGUUGAAAAUAUCAUUGGACAUGACCUCAAACUAAAAUCAGUUAAAAGCUGACUGGGAUCUGUUGACAAAGGAAUGAGAAAGAUGAUCCUUGAUUGAGUAUGAUCUCAAAUAGUGAAAAAUGAUCUUCAAUUUAAACAUUAUCUACAGCAAACUUUUUACCACUUCCAGCUGCAAAAUCACUUUAUUAAGUCUUUACAAGAUCAGAAUAGUUCAACUAGUAUAAAAGGUCCAACUUUAAAAACAAAGCGAAUGGCUUGGUAUGAGACUCUUCAGACUGGAAAAUAAUUCGAUGGAAUUCUUAAUAAACAAUGAAAUUAUUAUUGAAGAAAAACUCAAGAGUGAAAUAACUAACGAAGAAGACCCCCUUAUCCUUGAAGACUUAAAAUCAAAACCUCUAGCUAAAGAUGAACAAGAAUGAAGGAUAUAUAAAUCAACAAAGCUAGGCAAAGCAAUUCUGGCCUCUGGGUUACUUCCCGAGGAAGGUUUAAUAAUAUAUCUUGAUCUCUUAAAAGCCCAGAAAUCCUUAGUCCUACAGCAUGAACUCCAACUGCUAUAUCUCUUGACUCCAGUCUCAAUGCCUGAGAUCAGGGUGAAAUGGGAUUUAUUUCAGAAAUUAUUCAAGAACCUUAGCUCUUUAGAGAUGACCAUCUGAGAGAAGAUCCAGAUUGACCUUGCCCACAUCCAGACUUGAUCUAUCUACAACACACAAAACAAGGGAUUACUAGAGGUAAAGCAAUUCCAAAAGCAUGGUUUGGAAGAAACAGAGAAAAAUUAUGAAUUCAGUGUGAUUAAUAAACAACUGAUCCAGAACUUAAAGCAUGUCAGGUUUUACUUGACCCUUAUCCUCAAAGACCUCAUCUCUAAUAAUUCCGUUGAGGAAGUAGCAAGGAAAUAUGGGGUUUCUACUGGUGCUAUACAGACUUUAAAGAAGAGAGCAACCUUUUUACCCAAUGUCAUUUGAAGUAUCUGAAAAGAGCUUGAGUGGUUCAGUAUUUUUCAUAUUUUAUCCCAGUUCCAAGAUAGAGUGAACUUUGAUCUUCAAGAAGACCUGGAAGACUUAAUGAAGGUAAAAUAUCUUGAUAUCUCCGAAGCAAGGGCUAUUUAUGAAUGAGGAUUUACUGAGAUGAAGCUACUCGCCAAGGCAAAGCCUAUCCAAAUCUACAAGUCUCUCCAGAGUGCGUUCAUCCCAGAGAAGCAAUAUUCUACUAAUAUUGAAGAUUAUCUGUUCAAGCCAACCACUGCUAUUUCGUGAGCAAGUGUAUACAAAGCGGAACAAAUUAUUAAGGAAGCAAAAGCAAUUAUGAAGCAAAGAAGGAGGAAUUUAACUCUCCAACAACAAAAACAGAGAAUGGAGUGGUUCAAAAAGCAAAAGCAAGAAAGAAUGAACAAAUUAAUUCAACCAGAUUCAAAAUCUAAAGAUGCCAAAUAAUUUCAUAAGUCAUUAUCAGUAGAAGGAUCUUUGC